AUGGGCUGUAUAAGCGAAAUGAUGGAUAAAGUCAACUUGAGGGAUGACUUCUUCAACCCUCAUACUGAUUCUUACUACAAAAUCGGAAAAAAGCUUGGGAAGGGCGGCUUUUCCGAAGUCUACUCGGCCCUUCAGUACUCCAAAUCAACCCCGGAGCAUGGAAAGAAAGAAAACUCCAGAAAAGUCGCUUUGAAAAUCGUCCCAAGAAAGAGGGUGGAAAAACAAGAACAAGUCGUACGAAUCGACGAAGAAAUCAUCAUCCAGCGACGAUUGAAACAUCCAAAUAUUGUCAAGAUCUUAGCGAGCUUUAGGGAUGAAGAGAAGAUCUGUUUGGUUCUGGAGUACUGCAAUGAAAUGACACUGGGAGAUCUCAUAAAGAAUCAACCGACGAAAACUCUGAACGAAAGGCGAUCUGCAGAGAUAUUUAGAAAUUGCCAGGUUAUAUCCGCGCUUUCAUAUCUCCACUCUCACGGCAUUCUCCAUCGCGACAUCAAACUCGGCAAUAUUCUCCUAAAAGACGGAUGCGCCAAAGUAGCCGACUUCGGACUAGCUAUCGACACAAACAAGACAAAGCAAAUUUGCAUCUGUGGCACGCCGAAUUUCCUCGCUCCAGAAGUUUUUCAACAACGACAGCACUUUCCCACCUCGGAUAUUUGGGCCGCGGGUUGUGUGCUUUUCUGCAUGCUCGUCGGCCGACCACCGUUCAAAUACACCUCCCUCACUUCAACGCGGAAGAAGAUCCAGAACUUGAGCUUCGAUCUUCCCUCACUUUUGUCCACGGAAGCAAAAGAUCUCAUCAAAUCCAUCAUCACUUACGAUUACUGCCGUGCCUCCGCUCUUGGCAUCUCCCGCAGCGCUUUUAUCACCAAAUACGCUCCCAACGUUCUAGAGCAUCUAUCGACGUCGAAACCAAAUCAAGCCAGCAAAGAGAACUUUGCUCCUAAUGCGCCGCUCCCAAAGACCCCGAUCACCCAGAAAGUUUCUUCUUUAAAACUGCCAGUUCAGAUUUCUCAAGUGCCUGAGCAAAAUCAUAUGCAACGCGUUUGA